AGUGGUUUUUUCAGAGCACAGUGUUCUAAUGCUCGAAGAAGUUGACCGUGAUGAAAAUGCCGGUGGAGACGCUUCAAUCAAUGAAGACAUUCCUCCUUGCCAGUACGAAUAUCUCGAUCACACUGCGGAUGUGCAACUGCAUGCGUGGGGAAGUAGCCUAACCGAAGCAUUUGAACAAUGUGCUGUCGCUAUGUUCGGUUACAUGACCGAAAUAGAUACGGUCGACAUGCGAACAACGCAGACGGUCGAAGCCAAUGGAGACGAUAUGCAGAGUCUUCUUUACCACUUCUUGGAUGAAUGGCUAUUUCUUUUUUCUGCAGAACCAUUCUUCAUCGCGAGAAAAGUGAAGAUUUUGGAGUUCGACGCGGAAAAUUUCAAAAUAAAGGCAAUUGGCUUUGGAGAGGAAUUCGACCUAGCCAAGCAUCCGCAGGGCACUGAAGUGAAAGCGAUCACCUAUUCUAAUAUGCAAGUGUUGGAUUCGGGAGAAAAACCUGAAGUAUUCGUCAUAAUCGACAUUUAAAUUGUUCAUACCUUCACAAGUGUGAUCAUCUUGGUAUUUUCUUCAUAAAAUGAGCCGGUGUUUUCAAUCCAACCACAA